UCUAAUUUUGCUUGUGAUGUGGCGAUUAACAAUUUUGUGAAUUUUUGAUAUUUACUUUAAUAUUUCUAAAAAAUCUAAUUAAAAAAAUAAUAUGCUAAAAUGAUCAAGUCCAUUCAUUUAAUAAAAAUCUUAGUUAUUUUUGCACUAAUCGUUCAAAAUAAUAGUUUAACUGAAAAAGCAGACAAGCGGCUUUGUGCUGAUGAAAAAUGUGAAGGAGUAAUUUCACUCGGAAGAACUAUCAAAAACUACUCUCCCGAUCAAGAGGGUGUUCUUCCUUUUAAAUUUGGCUCUGAAGUCAAAAUAAAAUCAAAACCAUCCAAGUCUUCCAAUUCCGAUUUGUGGGGUGUUGAAAUCGACGGAAAAAAUGGCUAUGCUCCGAAAAUGUUUCUCCAAGAGCACAAAGUGUAUCGCAGAGAUUCAUCUUUGACACCGGGAAUUCCACAAAUUGCACCUCCUCAAAAAAAUAACAAAAAACUUAAAGGUUCUGAAAAGCCAAAGCCCUUAAAAGUUGACUCGGCAUCUCCUCCAUUAGCAAAAGAUUUACAAAAUCAAAAGAUUGUUAGUAAAGCUCAAGUUCCAAAUGAGAAUCUAUUAAAUGUUACACCAACUGCGAAGGUUGUCGAUGGAACUCAAUUACCUGAUGGAGUUGCUGUUGGGGGCGAAGAAGUGAGUGGAGGAGAAAAAGAUGAGAAUAUUAAGAAAUUAUUUGAAAAAAAUGCUGAUUUGGUUACAAUGAAUGAUGAUGAUGAGGACAGGGAAGAUGAUGAUGAUGAAGAGUAUGAAGAUGAUGAAGAAGAAGGAGAUGAUGUAGAUAUUGUUGAGGAGGAAAAAGUGAUUCCAGACAUUCCAUUGGCAGCAAACGUUACAGAGACUGAAGGAGAAGCCGCCAACAAUUCAAAUCAAACGGAACCAAUGGCAAAAGUUGACGACAAUGUUGCUGAUAGUCAAAUUAAUGAAACAAAGACUCCGAAUAAAAAAGAAGAAUUGAAAGGAGCAACUGUGGAGGAAGGAAAUUCCAAAGUCGAUGAGAACGCUACAAAAAGCUCAGAAAGUCAAAAAGUAGAAUCAAAAGGUAAUUUAGAUACCACUUCGGACAACAAUUCAAAUGAAAAAGAAUCAUUACCAUCAGAUGCUGUUCAAUCUUCUGAGAUACCACAAGUCAAUAAUCAAACUGCUCCGGAUGCAGAGGCUUCAGAAAAAUCUAACACACUAACAACUACAACUCCAGAAACAAAUGCUGACAUUCCUCAAGUGAACAAAUCUGAAGAUUUGAAUAACAAUAGCGCAGAAGUUUUACCCAAAUCAGAAAAUAAAGAACUUUCACCAGAACCUGAGAAGCAACCUAAGGCAAAAAUUAUAAUAAAAGAAGAUGGAUCCAAAAUGGCAUUACUCAGCGGGGCUAUAAAAAGUUUUUUCGGUUCUGAAACAAAAACAGAAGAGCAAGUUGAACCACAAGUUGAGUCUUCAAAUCCUGACUCUGAAACAAAAACAGAGCAAGUUGUACCGGUAGUGGAACCUUCAAAUCCAAUCAAUCCACAACAAUUAAGCCCAUCUGAUUCGGAAACAAAAACAAACCAAGAUGAAACGCAAGUUGAAUCUUUAAAACCAAUCAAUCCACAACAAGUAAGCCCAUCUGAUUCGGAAACAAAAACAAACCAAGAUGAAAUGCAAGUUGAAUCUUUAAAACCAAUCAAUCCACAACAAGUAAGCCCAUCUGAUUCAGAAACAAAAACAGACCAAGUUGAACCGCAAAUUGAAUCUUCUAAACCAAUAAACCCUCAACAAGAAGAGCCAGUUAAUAUCCAACCUGCUACAGAAGUACCUCCAACUUUAGCAUCAACCUAUUCAAAUCCUACAAACAAUCUUUAUGAUGCAACGCCAUCUCAGUAUUUGCCACCAAAUGCAUAUGAUGCUCCAACUGGGAAUCAGUUUUACAACUCCCCUUCAUCAAAUAAUUUAUACUCACAAGGUUCAGGUCAGCAAGUAAACGAGGGGCUAGUACAAAGUAAUCCUCAACAACCAACAGAAGCGCCUCUCAAUAAUCAAAACUAUGGAAACUCAUAUACCCAAACAGCAAACUCACUUCCUGAGGGAAAUUUUGUAAAACCUCAACUAGAACCAGUUGUCCAUGCCCAGAACAUUGAUGCAACCACUGUGCUACCUCCUGUGUUUGGAACUACAGUCGAGAAAGCUAGUAAUCCUAGCCCAGCCAAUGAUUUCUACGCUCAACCGACCACUGCUAUUCCGAAUAACACACCUUUUUCGGGACAGCAGCAGCAACCAGCAUAUGAUCAGAAUACUGCAAACGUUGUCGUGGAAGGUACCUUAUCUAAAACUUUAACACCUACUCUCGAACCUUCUAUUGCAAUACCACUGGGACAACAGUUUAACAAUCCAAACGGAUUUUACUAUCAAGGAGCUGGUAGUCCUUCAAUACCGCCAGCUAAUAAUAUUAAUUCAGUAGAUCCUCGUCUUGAUUUACCAUCCGUGGAGCCACAGGCACAGAUACCUCCUCAACAAGUUCAAGUUCCUGAGCAGCCAGCUUAUACAUGGCCGCAAACUGAGACUGUAAAAGAGUUGAAACCAAGUUUACAAGAAGAAAUAAUCCCUGAGCAGGUUGCUUUCACAGGUCAGGUUCCAGUUGAACCUCAGGCUACCCAAGAACAAAACUCUGCUGAACAAGAACCAUCAAUGGGGCAGGUUUCCAAAGAAUCUCUAAAUCCUUCUGAAUUGCCUGUAAAUACACAACCUUCAUACACAUCUGAACCAAUAGCAGAACAAACACAACCAAUUGAGAACGUUGUUCACCCAAGUGCCAAUGACAUUGUCGUCCCAAGUGAAAUACCUCAAGAAGCUCCCACAACAGAGCUACCAACAAGUGCCGAAUCCGAAAUCGAACAGAACGCUAUAACGAACGAUCAACAAAUCGAAAUCGAAGAUGUCACAAAACCAGUUCCUACAACACCUAAAAUCGAAGAUCCUAUACCAAAUCCUAUUGACUUUUAUGAAACCACUGAGAAUCCGAAAGCACCAAAUGUACAAGCACCGCCACAAGUUGGUCUCUUCCAGACUAUCUUGGGAACGGUUAAAGGCUUUUUGCCAUCACAAGAAGCUGUCAAAGAAAACGAACUUAGCGAUGAACUUGAACGAAUUCUGUAUCCCAAAAAAGAAGCCAAGCCAAUUGAAGCAAAGCCAUUGGAAGAAGAAUUUUGCGAAAAAGAAACUAAUUGUGGAUCAAGUGAGCCACUUCAAAGCUUUAUCCAUCCUGAGGAAACGAAUUUCCUUGAAAAUGUAUCCCAAAGAUUCGUCGAACUAUUUGAUGUUCUCUGUUGUAUGUUGAUAUCAGCAACUGCUUGUUUAUUAUUUAUAUUUGGCUACUACUGUCUUUCACAAUGUCGCAAGGAGAGCCAAUUAAUUGCUAAACUAAAUGUUGUCGAACGAAGUUUAAUGGCGUCACAUAAGGAAGCCUCCAUUUUGAAACAUGAUCUUGGUGAAACUUGCGAUAAGUUGGCCAGCAUUGAAAAUAAUUCAUUUGGAUCGAAUGAUAUGGUUAUAGCGAUUAAGAAGGAAUUGGAAAUUUGUGAAGAAGCCAAAGCUAAGCUGGAGGAUCAAGUUGUUUCUUUAGAAAAGGAAUUGGAAAAUGCAGCUGAAGCAGGUUUGGAAUUGAAUAAGAUUGUAUCCGAACUUCUUAACAAUCAAAGUGGAGAUGAGUCUAUCAUAAGCAGUGUAGAGGAACUUCAAAGGCAACUUAAUGAACAACAGCAUACAAUCUUAGAGAUAAAUGCUGUUUUAGCUGAUAAAAGUCGUGAAAACAGUGAACUUCAGCUUAUGCUAGCUGAACAAAAUGCAAAAUUCGUUGGAGAAAUUGCAUCACUUCAACAAGACAACGAUGAGCUAGAAGGUGAAAAGAAUAUCCUCAAAUCGAAACUAGAUGAAAUGAAGGCUGAAUUCGAUUUGGACAUAACCAAAGCAUUAGAAGGUAAAAAUGCUGAAAUUAAACGUCUUCAAGCUGAUAUCAUGAGCCUUCGAACUAAGUGUGAUGAAGAGCAUAGAAAAUGGCAAACAAGUUUGGCUAAAGUUGAGGCAUUGGAAAAUUGUUUGAAAACUGUAAAGAGAGAUCCUAACAUUAAGGUAUCGCAAAUAUUGGAUGUGGCUAAUGUACAAGCUGAACUUUUAGAUAUUCAACUUCAAAAAACGUCUUUAAAAGAGAAACUUGAAACUGAAACGGAUUCUCGAAAACUGCUGGAAGUUCAAGUUAAAUCGUUUAGUGAUGAAAUUGAAAAACUAAAACAAGAUUUCAAUCAAUCUGAAAAAGAUAAAUUAGAAGCCCAAACUCGUCUCGAGGUGUUAUCAAAUUACUUCAAAGAAAAGGAAAAUCAAUUGCAAAAGGAACUCAGCUUGAAAGAAACUAUGUGGCUGCAGCAACAAGGAGAAACAACCAGUACUGUUGAUAGACUCACAAAUAUGCAGGAGGAAAUCCAGACAUUGAAAUCGCAAAAUGAUUCAUUGAGGGCAGAAAUUGAAGCGCAACUUGCCGCCCAUAAAGCGCAGAUUGGUACCCUCGAAAACCGAGCUCAUGAAACAUGGUUGGCUGCCCGACAGUCUGAAAGAAGAUUUGAAGAAGCUCGAUCUGAUGCCACAGCUCUGCGUCGGAAAUUAACUUCUCUUGUUGGCAGCAAUUCUCAUAAUCUUGCCAAAGAAAAUAAUAUGGAUUUGAAUCUUCCCGCAUCAGAUCCCAACAAUGCGCCAUCACCAAUUCACAUGGAUUCACCUGCUUCGCCAAUGCUUGGCCGACUUCCUCCUCCUCCUUUUAUACCGCCACCAUUUAUGGGUCCACCUCCACACUUUAUGGGAAUACCUCCAUUUAUGCCGCCUGGUGAAAUGCGCCCUCCACCAAUGGGCCGUCUCAUGUCACCACCUCCACCACCUGGAGCACCACAUUUGCAUAGAUAUUCACCCAUUGAUGACGAUGAUGAUGACGAGGAUAUCCAUGACAAUGGAGGUCGAGGUCAUUGGAGAGAUAGUUAUUCGCCACCACGCCAUUCAUAUCGAUACUCACCAGAUAGAUACAUUUACAAUCCAGAAUUAAUAUCAAAUUACGAUACAGAAACUGAUUUUAGUCCACCGCCAAGUCCACGUGAACGCAGUCAUCGAUCUGGAUCUAGAUCGGGUAGUUUUAAAGCAUAUUCGCCACCACCUCAGUCAGGUUCGAAUCAGAGCAAAGAUCGACCAAAAAAGUCUACCAAAGGACAAAUAAGCUCUGGAUCAGAAAAAUCAUAUGAUUCGUGGAAAGGAAAGAGCAAGACAAUGGUUUAACAACAACAAUAACAACAAAAAGAUUAGGAAUUUACAUUUAAAAUUAUAGGAACUAAAUAAUUAAAUUAAAUAAUCGUUACUUAUUUUUUAUGUUAAUUAAUUAAUUUAGGUCUACCAAAAACGUAUAUUUUUUUGUUUGUUUUUUCUCUAAAUAAAUAAAAAAAAAAUAAAAAAAAAAA